UUGUAGAUUCUGAGGGGUUUUAGGGUUUAAGAGCACAAUCCUUCAUUGCCCAUCAAUCUGAUCACCACUGCUCCGAUCUUCUCUCAUUUCCGCCGGUAGAGCUCCCAAUUUCUUUGUUUUCCGGCCAUUUCUCCGGUCACCAUGUGGGCUCUUCGUCGAGCUUCUACGCCCGUCAGGAACCAAGUACUUGGAGUUGGAGCUUCAUAUACUUGUCUUAAAUUAGAUGCAUUGACCACUUGCGCUGAUGUAAACCACAGCAUAGCUACUUCCCAUGUCUUAUCUGAUAGUUUCCGAAUUUCAAAUUGGUUUCACAAUGUAGCUCACGGACAUUCAAAUCAUGGUGUAGAUAGGCGCUGUCUUUCUUCACGAGCCGGUGCAAGAAGUAGCGGGGAGGAAGAUGAGUUGGAAGAUGGGUUUUCCGAACUCGAAUCACCCCCCAAAAUAAAGCCAAUUCAGGCUGCUGAUUUAGAGGAUGAUGAGUUGUUCAUCUCUGAUCCUCUCACUGAUGAUGAUGAUCGUGAUUCUGCAGGGCCCUCUCAGAAUGAUCUGGAUUUAUCAGAGACUGCAGUUGAUGUGGAUGAAAGAAGACCACUAAAUAGAAGGGCUCACUCGGAGCUUUUCCAGGCCAUAAUGAGCAGUCCAGGCUUGUCUAUCCAUAAUGUUCUUGAUAAAUGGGUCAGAGAAGGGAAGGACUUAAACCGAUCUGAGAUAUCGUUAACCAUGUUUAAUCUUCGUAAACGUCGACUUUAUGGAAGGGCACUACAGUUAUCAGAGUGGCUGGAGGCAAAUAAGCGUCUCGACUUUAUCGAGAGAGAUUAUGCUUCUCGCAUCGACUUGAUAGCAAAAGUAUGUGGCUUACCAAAAGCUGAAAGCUACAUUGAGAAAAUCCCAAAAUCUUGCAGAGGUGAGACAAUCUACCGAACGCUGUUGGCAAAUUGUGUUGUUGCCAACAACGUCAAUAAAGCAGAGGAAGUGUUCAAUCAAAUUAAGGAUCUAGGAUUUUCAAUCACUGCAUUUUCUUGCAACCAGUUGCUUCUUCUUUACAAGCGACACCACAAGAAGAAAAUUGCAGACAUUUUAUUAGUAAUGGAGAAUGAAAACGUCAAGCCUUCUCUCUUCACUUAUAAGAUACUAAUUGAUGCCAAAGGUCAAUCCCAUGACAUGGUAGGAAUGGACCAAGUUAUUGAGACAAUGAAGGCUGAUGGCAUUGAACCAGACAUCAACACACAAGCCAUCAUGGUUAAACACUAUGCUUCUAGUGGACUUAAAGAGAGAGCUGUGGAAAUUCUCAAGGAGAUCGAGGGAAAUGACCUGAACAAGAAGCGUUGGGUUUGUCGCUUUCUACUUCCUCUCUAUGGAGUAAUGCAAAUGGCAGAUGAAGUCCAGAGAGUUUGGAAGGUCUGUGAGUUGGAUCCUCGAAUCGAAGAAUGCAUGUCUGCCAUUGUUGCUUGGGGAAAGCUAAACAAUAUCGAACAAGCCGAAACGGUAUUCGAUCAGAUGCUAGAAACGUGGAAGAAGCUGUCGACGAGGCAAUACCACGUGAUGCUAAAGGUCUACGCAGACCAUAAAAUGCUAGCCAAGGGGAAGGAUCUCGUGAAGCGGAUGGCAGACAACGGUUGUCACAUUGGCCCCCUUACCUGGGACGCAAUUGUGAAGCUUUACGUGGAAGCAGGAGACGUCGAAAAGGCCGACUCCGUGCUGCAAAAAGCAAUGCAGCAGAACUCAAUGAAGCCAAUGCAGUGUUCUUUCAUGACAAUUUUAGAUCAGUAUGCAGGACGGGGAGACAUUCAUAACGCAGAGAAAAUGUUCCACCUGAUGAGAGAGGCAGGGUACGUAAGUAGGCCACGCCAGUUUCAGGCUCUGUUGCAGGCUUAUAUAAACGCCAAGGCUCCAGCUUAUGGGAUGAGCGAACGAAUGAAAGCAGACAACAUAAAUAUUAAUAGAGCUUUGUCAACGCAGUUGAGUCAGGUUAGUGUAUUUAGAAAGACAGCAGUUUCAGAUUUGCUUGACUAAGGAUUAGUUUCCAUAUGUUUUAGAUUUUAUUGGUUAACGUUUAAGAAUCAUUUUGAAGUUCAAAAUUUUAUUAUUGUUUAAGGUUUCAUUUAAUCUGA